UAUUUUUAAACAUUUUCGAAACAUUUGUUUAUGCACCGACAGCCGUUCAAGUUCAUUCAGUCCGUCUUUGUCGAUCCUACUGUAUGUCUGUCUGUGUGUCUCUUAAUAAUAUAAUAUAUAUAUAUUUUUUUAAUGGUGCAACAAUGUUAAUCAGUCCAGUUUAAUUUUGCAGAGCUAUAAUAAAUAAACUGUUGUCGAAACGGGUUUUAAAGAGUGAUAAAUCGUAUGUAUAUGUUGUAAAACGGUCUGUGAUAAAUACGAGGUGGUAAAGAAAAAUGAUGAAAAAGGAGAAACCGAUGAUGUCGGUGACGGCAAUUAUACAGGGGGCACAGCAGCAACAUUGGGCGAGAGGGGGGUUCGGGGGGUUUGCCGAGCCUCAAUUUCGUUUAGGUUACCCAUGUGCUAAUGGCCUGACGUUAGACCAAAACCUCUCCAUGGGUCCGAUGGGUCCCCAGUCGCCCUUAGACAUGAAACCAGACGCGGCCACAUUGGGACAAUUCAGCCCCCAAGGGCCAAACAGUCCGAACUCGUAUGGUUUAGGGCAAGUGGGACUGCUCAGCCCUUCUCCAGGUGGGGGUCAGAAGGGCGGACAGGGAAGCCCUUAUCCUCCCAAUCACCCGUUGAGCGGGAGUAAGCACUUGUGCUCUAUUUGUGGGGAUAGGGCUAGUGGGAAGCAUUAUGGUGUUUAUAGUUGUGAAGGAUGCAAAGGCUUUUUCAAACGCACUGUCCGAAAAGACCUCUCCUACGCGUGCAGAGAAGAAAAGAACUGUAUUAUCGACAAAAGGCAAAGAAACAGGUGCCAAUACUGUCGAUAUCAAAAAUGUCUAUCAAUGGGCAUGAAAAGAGAGGCGGUACAAGAAGAACGACAGAGAACGAAAGACAGAGACACUUCCGAGCCUGAAUCGACUUCCAAUAUGCAGGUGGAUCUACCUUUAGAAAGGAUAGUCGAGGCGGAGAAGAGGGUUGAAUGUAAUGAAGUUAAUGCGUCGUUAGAUAACAUAAACAGCAACAUCCGACAAGCCUCAAACGCCCACCUAAUCCAACUUCUGGACUGGGCAAAGUAUCUUCCACAUUUUACAUCACUCAAUAUGCAGGACCAGAUUAUCCUGCUAAAAAACAACUGGAACGAACUUCACAUAAUGGCGCUCGCACACCGGUCGAUGACCAUCCAGCAAGGGAUUUUAUUGUCUACGGGACUCACUAUUAAUGAAGCCACAGCGAGUUAUAUCGGAGUAGGCAACAUUUACGUCUGGAUCCAGGACUUUAUCAAUAAAUUACGAGAAAUCAGGAUGGAUAAGUCCGAAUACGCUUGUCUCAGAGCCCUAAUACUGUUUAAUCCAGAAUUUCGUGGUCUUCUUUGCAAGGAUAACGUGAACGUCGUUAGAGAAAAAAUUUACGAAGUCUUAGAGGAAUACGUGAGGACAAAAUAUCCUACUGAACCAGGCAGGUUUGCCAAGUUACUGUUGCGACUUCCGGUGCUCAGAUCUAUAGGGCUUAAGUGUCAGGAUCAUUUGUUUUUUUAUAGGCUUGUUUCGGGUGUAUCCCUCGACUCGUUCCUGACGGAGAUGCUGGAAAACGCCCGAAAUUCUUAAGAAAAAUAGAUUUCCGCAGUUAUAGUUAGAAUUUAGGCAGUUAACGUUUCCAGUUAUUACCAGAAAUGUCAUUAUUUGCCUUGCAUAAGUCAAACAAUGGCGACAGUUAUACGAUAGUUACAAAAAAUCAUUUUUGGAGGGAGAAAGCGCAAAUAAAGAAAGAGUUUUUUCAAUAUGUUGCCCUCUUUUUUUGAGAUCUGUGAUUUAAAUAAAUAAAAUAUUAACUUGUUUUCGGAAGAAGGUAUUAUUAGAAUUAACAUUUUUUUUUACAAUAUUGUAUAUUUUAAGUACCUGCCCCUGGUAUUUUUGUUGCUUACAUUUGUAUACUUCAGUACAAAGCUAAAUUUUCAAAAUUUUUAAGGCAAGGGAGUUGUUACGUGUAUUGGACGUGUUGGUUGUGUUAACAAAGUUUAAUAAUAAUUAUUUAGUUAUUAAAAAAAUAUAUUGAUAUUUAUUCCUAUUUAUAUUUUGAUCAUCUUUUCUUUAUAUAAAUAAGUUAGGAGCGAAAUUUUUAAAAUUGUUUUGGAUUACAUUAGUCCAAUUUCUUCUUUUUUUAGGGUUAAAAAAAUUUACUAUUAAUGUUUAUUAUUAACAUUUUAAAUUAAGUUUUAUAAAUUUCAAUUUUAUCCUAUGUAAAAUUAUAUUUUUAAUAAAUUCUAUUUUAAUAUUUA